UAACCAGAUCAGUUUCUAAUAGCCUCUGACUCAAAAUGCAAGCAACCUUCGCACGAAAAUUGGCCAUCUUCGCCAUUAUUGCUGUGAUUUUGGCCAGUAUUUCCGCUGAGGAAGUUGGCCAAAAUGGAGGACCCACCGAGCCAGGUUUACUGAGCUUUUGGGAGAAAGUUUUGAACGCGGUGAAGAACUAUCCCUGGCAAUCGAAUAAAAUUGAGAAGGAAAGUCCUGAAACUGCUCACAAAAAAAGUAUUUUGUGGCAAAGACUUACGAUGGCUACAGUUCUUUGAAAAAUCCCCAUUUUAAUUAUCAUUUAUUUUUAUUUUUAUUGCUCUGUAUUUUUAAACUUUAUAUUUAAUAUAUAAUAUAUAUAUUAUUCAAAUACAGUAACAAUUGAAUGUUC